UUUCAAACAAUAAUAAACAAAACCUAUUAAAUCUCGCAUAAGGAACACUUUGUCUUGAUGCUAAUCACUGCUCAAAAUUUGGUUGGAUUAGGCCCUAACUUCAGCUGAUCGUCUAACGAGUUCUUCGACUUUAUAGUUAAGCCGGGCUAGGCUUAGGACCACCUUCAAUUACUUCGUAGAAUUAAAGCCCCUGUCCCUUAGUAGCCAAAAUAUCACCUUGAAGAAUAAGAAAGACUACAUUUUCUGAAAUGGUAUUCAUUGUUGUUAGUCAUGGUGACAGAAAAGAGACCCUUUUCAACGCCAACUGCAUGGUAGCAACGUUGCUUGAUAGCAUAAAGGAACGCUGCGGGCUAGCAAAAUCAGCUAGCAUUGAUAUCUGCAGUGAAUCUGGCUCGAUGUGUCAUUUAGAAGAUCACCUUAGAGAAAAUGGGAGCAAAUUCGUGAAGGAGAGAGAAAAAUACAUCUUGGUGAGGCGAGAAAAAUGCGAUGAUAACACCAUAAAAUACAGCUCGUUAUUAAAAGGAUUGCAAAAGUCAAAUCCAGACCUUUACGGGUUUAUUGAAGGGAAGGCGGUCGAAAGGGAAGAAGUCACACCGCAACCGCUCCCAGAAUUGACGGAAAGAAAGAAAUCAAUACGACCAACAGAUAAGAAAUCAAGUAUUUCCAGUUUAAAGCGAAAGGGCCGGGUGAAUGUCAAGGUUUUUUAGAGGACAAUUAAUGGAUGAAAUAGUCAAAUGAUGUUUGAUGUAUAUAGAAGGGACUGCGAAAGCAACCCUCUUCCACCCGAUAUUUUCCAUCGCUGUAAUUUUUUCUUUGCAACAACGAGCAUAGUAUCAGAGAAUAUAAAGGCAAGUAGCUACGUGAAGUUACCGGCUGGUAGACUAAGUAUAUAGGCAUAGUACUGUAAAUAGGUUGGUAGUAUCGAACGACAAUUGUUAUAAUUCAAACAAGACCCGAAAGAUAUCAUCUCUUUUUGAUCUACAAAAUACUGCUUUACACUGAUCAACAAAUCAAGGUCUCACGUACAUUAACAACAAAAAAUUUCGUCAGAUAAAUUUUCGGCGGAUAAAAUUAGUCGAAAAAAAUUUCGGACAACUUUUCAGAAUUUUGUCGUGACAAAAUUUCGUCGUAGAUUUUUACCAUGGAGAUAGCAAGAUAUUGCCAAAAUCUUUAGAGGCAAAAUCAUACAGGUUUGUUUAUAUUCAAUCCCAUCCAGUAGGUAACGGUUUCGUGGGGACUUGGGGGCUUGAGCACCCGUUCGGAAUUUGGCUCAAUACCCCAAGCAGCUUUUUCACACAGAACAGCAAGUCAGGAGCACCAAAUUAAAGCGGUAUAUUUCCUCAAUUUAUGCGAAGAUGGGGUAAAAAAAAUUUUGAUUUUAGCAAUCAAAGAGCAUAAUUAAAAGCAUUAGUGUGAAUAUAAAUGUAAGAAUCGGAAAACAUAAGAUCAUCUCUAACAGGAAAAGUUGGUCUCGAAUUUACGCAUUCUGUAGAGUUUAAAAUUUGGGCUGAAAAGUGCAAAUACCUUGAACGAAUGAAAGAAAUAGUACCAGUUGAGUAUGAAAGGUCAGAGGUGGAAUCUUUUGAAACUGGCGAGAAAACACAACUAGAACAGUAACGUUGUCAGGGUGAUAAGAUUGGGGGGAGGGGGUUGGGCAAAGGCGAGUUGAGCAGGGAACAUUGGGGUCCUUCUCGCUCUUUCUCAAGCAAAGCAAAGAUGUUUUUGGCCAUUUGGGGUGGCGUCCGCCCCCUUGCUACGCCACUGAGUUAGGGCUAUUUUUAUAGAUCAAACGGAUACAUGAAUUUGAUUUUUGACCUCAAGUAAUAGUUUUUGUUUGCGAAUUCUCAAAAACUUUAAAUGCAAAAAAUUUCCUCGUGACAAAAUUUCGUCUCCUCUUGAAUUUAGUCGAAGAAAAUUUCGUCAAAAUAUUUGUCCAAAAUUUUACCAUGACGAUAUUUUUUUUAGUUAAUGUAUAGAGCAACAACGACAAGUGCAGGACAAAAGAAAAUAAGUUUUGAACACAAAUUUGAUUAAUGGACUUAGUGGAUAUUUAAAGACUCAUUGCUAACAAUGAGCCAUUGCGCUACGCAAGCAUCCCAUAAUGCAUUUUCAGACAAUCUCAAGAAGUUUACUGCCAUUGUUUGGAUCGUUGCCAUGCUCGCGAAGGCCUAUUGUUAGCAAUGCGUCUUUAAAGCAUCCUAAACAACUAACAAAUGGAAAGAAAUAACAUCUUAAAAUAAACAACAACCAUUGAAACAAAGAAAUUCCAGAAAAGUGUUUUCAAGCCCUUAUCCUUAGGCCAUGUAGUCGCCCCCGAAUCAGCUUUCAUCGGACAAAUAACAAACGUCUAUCUAACAUCUUCAUACUCUUAGGAUAUUAAAAUUGCAAAAGAAUACAAAAAUACCACUGAAAUACAUAUAUCUUGCCUAAGUAAUAUCAUCUCAAAUGGGCCACUCAAAAGUUGAAUUAAAAAGAUAAUUUCACUUUUUAAUAAACUAAACCUGGAAAUAUUUACUCUUUCUGCUUUAAAUUCCUGCUAGUUCAAUCUUUUUAAGUUGAUAACAAAAUUAUUAUACCUGUUAUUAAGACUAUUUUUAACUGGCCUAUCAAGUCACAGAGUGAUUGAUUAUGUAUAGUUAUAGAUAGUGAUGUCAUACUCAAACAUGAAGAGCAGGAUAAGUCAAAAAUUUCCACUCUGAGUUUCAAGGUCAAUGAGUUCAUCUGGCAACAAGACCAAUUUGAAAUCACUUUUGCUUGCUACAUCAUCUGGAUAACCUUUUUUAUGUUAAAUAUAGAAGAUAUGUUCUUAUUUUUAGGCCAUUCUUAGCUACUCUUGUUCUUAGGCAAAAAGAUUCUGUAAUUAACAAAUGUUUUUAGGUCUUUUUCAUGGAAUGUCUUACAUGGAACUUUAUACUGACAUUCAAUAUACUUUUGAUUCAUGAACCAAAUCAUUGUAAAUUGCAAAACAUUAAUUCAAAAACUCAAUAAACUUGUUUGUUCCUAUAAUUUUGCCACAUUCUAAAUCACAACCCUUCUAAAACAUUCUGAAACUUUGAUUAAUAAGCAGAACUUUUAGUAAAGCAAUAGCAACAUAAUCAAAGGGAUAUGAAGCUUGAAAAGGCUUCUUUGUUUGCUAAUAUGUUUGUUGCUGUCUUUAGAUGUGCAUUAGUCCAAUUAAUUGAUGAUAAUGAUGAAAAAUAGUUUCUUUAUUCCCUACUAAAUUCAUCCCUAAAACAGGACAUCUAAUUGGUAAGUUCUAAUACAGUUUUAGUUUUCCAGUAACUUUGUCAAUCAGUUCGCAGGGAGCUGAAAAUAAAGAAGUUUGUCUUAUUACAUAUAGUAAACAAUAUUAAGUAAAAUUAUACACUUUGACAAGACAGAAAUAUAUAUGCAGGUAGUUCACAAAGGAAGCAUAUUUCAUGAAGUGAAAAGUAAAACAUUAAUAAAAUUGCAAGAGAAUGUGGACAAUGUCACAAUCAAAUGGAAAAUAGUGAACAUGCUAGGGGUUAGCAGGCCUGGCCAUAAGACUUACAAGAGGAGCAGUAAACAGCUCCUCUAGUGAUUUUCAGGUGAGGUAUUUGUAGAUGAAUUUGAAUAGAAAUACAG